AUGGCCAUUUACGAAGUUUCACCCGAGGACAGCCGUGCUGGCACUGCUGAACCCAACUCGAUCCCCCACGACCAACACGCUCACAAGUUUCGCAAGUUCAACGACACCUGGUACUAUCCCUCAGACAUCGCCGAUGAUCUCAAAGACAUCGACAUCCCAGACAAGCUCAAGGCCGAGGCGUACGCCUGCGCUUGGGUGUACACCCGGUGCGUCAUCCCCCAGUACACCAACUGGGACCGCUACGUCGCCUUCAUGCGCAUCAUCGUCAUGGGCAUCAUCGCCGAGUUCAAAGGCUCGCUCGUCGACGUCACGGCCGGCGACAACAUCCUCGGCUACUCCCUCGACGGCACGCUGGCGGCGCUGUUCGACGGCACCGCGGGCCACGAGCUGAUGGCCCGCGAGUACAAGACGUUCCUCCUCGUGACGGCCGACAAGUCCAGCGGCCGGAGGAGUGGCGAGCUGUUUCGCCGCUACGUCGACUCGCUGACCCUCUCCCCGCGCCACUGGUUCCGUCUCCGGGACUGCGACGCCCUCGCGCGGUUCACCAUCGCCUCGGCCCUGGCCUGUAACGACCUUGACGACGUCUGGUUCACUGAAGAGGAGUUUGAGAUCCUGACCGAGAUGGGCGAUACUCUGUAUGACGCCGUCGCCUUUUACAAGCACCGCGCCGAGGGCGAGACCAACAGCACCUUUGCCUACAUGCCCGAGGACCAGCGGGUCACAGCAUUCGCCCGCUGCAGAGAAGUCUUGUGGGCGUUGGAUGUUGCUUGGGCUCGCCGACGUGAGGGACCUUCCGUCAUCAACUUCACCCGCUUCUUCGGGGGUCCCAUCCACAUGAUGAUGCGCAGGUACCGAUUCGUCGAGGAAGGGCUCACCGUCGGGACGGCCGAGACGCUCAAGGUUGUGAACCAGACCCGCCGCAACUUCAAGCUCUGGAACCGCGUCGACGCCACCCGCGUCGCCGGCAGCUCUUCCAGCGGCAGCCCUUCCUGUAACCAGAGCGUCCAGCGGUACAAGGACCUCGUGGCGAACCGCAGCGGGGAUCUCAUGUUUCCCGAGCUCCCGGGGUUUCUCGAGGCCGCGGACAAGGACCGGUGCGGCCGUUGCCUCUACCGCGACUCUUACGGCGCCGAGGGGACGCACUGCUUCGGCGGCGUACAGCUGUGCGACGACUGCCGGGCGGGCUGGCGGGCGUACCUGGAAUCGUUUCCCGAGCGAGCUGCCAGAGUGUUCCCCGAGAUCCUCGAGGUGAAGCCGGAUCUCAACAAUCGGAUCAAGAACGAGUCGAGGAACGACAACGUCGUUAUCGACGAGAGUCCGCAGGAGUCGUACAAGCUAGGGAAGAGCAGCGAUGAGUCCUAUGUUCCGGCCGACUGGAAGGGCACCGGCAAGUCUGCUUCUGCUGCCAAGUUUGAUUCUCUGAAGGAGAUCUCUCAGGAUGUCUUGGGGGUGUAG